AUGGAGUUGCUGCUGCUGCAUCUCGCCGCAUGUUGGAGUUGCCUGAGCUUCCGAAGCCCGAAUUGCCUCCUCUGCCUAAACCAGAGCUGCCCCAUUUCCCUGAUCUCCCCAAGCCAGAGCUGCCCCACUUUCCAGAGCUGCCCAAACCUGAAGUCCCUAAGCAUGAAGUUCCAGAGUGGCCCAAACCUGAAGUCCCUAAGCAUGAAGUUCCAGAGUGGCCCAAACCUGAAGUCCCUAAGCAUGAAGUUCCAGAGUUGCCCAAACAGCUGCCAAAACCUGAAGUCCCCAAGCUUCCAGAACUGCCGAAACCUGAAAUCCCUAAGCAUGAAGUUCCAGAGUUGCCGAAACCUGAAAUCCCUAAGCAUGAAGUUCCAGAGUUGCCAAAACCUUAUGUCCCUAAGCCCCAAGUUCCAGAGCUGCCAAAACCUGAUAUCCCGAAACCUGAAGUUCCAAAGCAUGAGGUGCCAGAGUUGCCAAAACCUGAAAUCCCCAAGCUUCCAGAACUGCCGAAACCUGAAGUCCCUAAGCAUGAAGUUCCAGAGUUGCCCAAACCUGAAGUUCCAGAACUGCCAAAACCUGAAGUCCCUAAGCAUGAGGUGCCAGAGUUGCCAAAACCUGAACUCCCACCUCUGCCCAAGCCUCAAGUUCCAGAACUUCCCAAACCUGAACUCCCACAUUUCCCAAAACCUGAAGUUCCACAGCUGCCUAAAGUGCCAGAGAUACCAAAACCUGAACUUCCAAAAGUGCCAGAAAUGCCCCAUUUCCCUGACCUCCCAAAACCCAUUACUCCUUGAAAUCUUUCCCAGCUUGCUCUUCUGCCUGUUGAAUGUGGUGGCUGCUGCAUCUACUAGUUCCUCAUACCAUCAUUAUCCAUAA